AUGAAUUCCUUCUUCUCACACACAGGUUUGCAUGUGCAGGUGAGAAGAUCAGUGAAGUUUGGCUCUUCUUACUGGGCAGAGUUCUGGUGUCAGAGCAGUUGUCGUCUUCCUGAUCAUCUGAACUACGUCUGGUACGAGAAUCAACAGAAGACGACUGAAGGAGAUUCUUAUUCAGGCUAUUUUCAUCCUGAAGAAAGAGUUUCCUGUGCUGUUAAAGGAAACAAGGAUUUCCGCUCUCCAUCAAUCUUGGUGAGGGGUCAGAAUGUCUGGGAUGUGAGUUACACUUCUACUGAGAUCUGUGCCUUCAGAGGAUCAACAGUGGACAUUACCUCUACCUACACAUACCCAUCCAAGUGGAAUAACCUUGAAACUACAGUUCAGGAAACUAUCUGGUUCAUUAAAGAGAGUAAUGGGAUUCCCGUUGAUCUAAGGACUGAUCCGGAGUAUUCAGGUCGUGUGGAGAAUCUCUGUGGAAACAACAAGUGCACUCUGAGAAUCUCUAACCUGAGAGAGAGCGACUCAGCUGUGUACAAGUUCAUGUUCACAACUAACCAGCCUACUUGGAGUUUUACUGGUUCAGUUGGAGUCACUCUGUCUGUCACUGACCCUCAGCUCCAGGUACAUGUGAGGAGAUCAACAGCCAAUCCAUCUUCUACCUGGACAGAGCUGACCUGUCACAGCAGGUGUCAGCUCCCUGAUCAUCUUUCCUACGUUUGGUACAAAAACAAUAAACCUGUUGGACGGAAAAAAUACUUUCACCUCCGACACUUUGACGCUGAAGACAGACAUCACUGUGCUAUAGAAGGACAGGAGCGUUUCCCUUCUCCUACAGUGUACGCUCCAAAGCCUCCCUCUGUGUCAGUGAGUCCCUCUGGUGAGAUCAUGGAGGGCAAAUCGGUGACUCUGACCUGCAGCAGUGAUGCUAACCCAGCAGCUCACUACACCUGGUACAAGGAGGACGAGGGCUCACCAACAGCAUCAGGACAAAUAUUCACCAUCACUAAUAUCACAGCUGAACAUGGUGGAAAGUAUCAGUGUGAGGCCCAGAACACACACGGACAUAGUAAGGCCACCUUACAUCUGACUGUUGGAGCAGGGAAGUCAGUGAUAAUCAUCAAUACCAUCAGGCUGGCUCUGGUGGUCUUGCUGGUUCCAGUGCAUGUCUGGACUCUGUGGACGAGGAUGAAGAAAACUCUGAGUUUGAAAUCAGAAGUGAAUGAAGCUGUGGAGAUGAUAGAGUUAGACAACUGUCCUGAAUAUGAUGACGAUGCUGCUGCAGCACAGACAGAAGACACCGAGGAGCAGGAAGACCUGGUGUGAAGCCUCAGGUCAGAGCCACUGGGACAAACACAACCAAGAUGGACGACUUCAGAGAACAUCUGUACAAACGAGUUUUACAGAAACCAUAGUGUGUAGUUAUUAAAUACAGGAAAACUGUCCAAGCAACAAAAUAUCUGAGUGCAAGCGCAGAGUUUGAGCACAAGCAGAGUGAAUGUAAGCACCAGCAGGAGCUGUGUGAGUGUAAGAGCAGGGUUUUGAGUAGAAACACCACGAAAUCUGAACGUGCUGAUCCAGCUCUCAA